AUGGAUUCCUCUAAUAAGGUCUUGUUUCCAGACCAGAUUUUGUGUACCAGAAGAAGAAACAUCUUGACCAGAUUUGGUCUAGGAAUCGCUGCUUCUUUCCUUCUCCUCACACUUCUCUCCCUCACUAAUCCCUCUUUCAGUGUCCCCUUCGUCUCUCCUCUGCUUCAAAGCUUCAAAAGCUCCAAUCUAAACACUUCUUCUUCUUCUUUCAAGCAAGUCUACGAGAACCCACAAGUGGUAAAUCUCACCGACCAAGUCCCAAAUGUCAAAGUUCCAAGCUUUGAUGCCGAACAAAGAUCUGGAGAAACAGAUAUAGAUGCUGCUUCGAUGUCUAGAGAUGGUAAAGUUUCAAGCUUUGAUUCCGGACAAAGAUCUGGGGAAACAGUGAGUUCGGUCCAAGACGGUGGUAAAGUCUCCGUCUCAAAUGACGAAAACACCCUCGAAGUAAAUGCUACAGUAACUGUGGGGAAUAGCUCGAGCUUGGUGUCUGAUUUGGGUGGUAGAUAUGUGCCUGCGAACUCAAGCGAAGAGAAUGGCUCUGUUGUAACAGAACGAAGCAGAGGUUCGUACGAGGAUUGUGAUAUCUACGAUGGGAAUUGGGUGAGAGCUGAUGAUAAGACAAUGCCGUAUUAUCCAUCUGGUUCUUGUCCGUAUAUAGACAGAGAUUUCAACUGUCACGCUAAUCGAAGACCUGAUGAUGCUUAUGCUAAAUGGAAAUGGCAGCCAAAUGGGUGUGACAUUCCCAGCUUGAAUGGAACUGAUUUUCUGGAGAAGCUAAGAGGGAAGAAGCUGGUUUUUGUUGGGGAUUCGAUAAAUCGGAACAUGUGGGAAUCUCUUGUUUGCAUUCUUCGAAAUAGUCUCAAGGACAAGAAACGAGUGUAUGAGAUCUCGGGGAGAAGAGAGUUCAAGAAGAAAGGGUUUUACGCUUUCAGAUUCGAGGACUAUAAUUGCACAGUGGAUUUCGUUGGCUCGCCCUUUUUUGUAAGGGAAUCAAGUUUCAAAGGCGUGAAUGGGACGACAUUGGAGACUUUGAGGUUGGAUUUGAUGGACAAGACGACAUCUAUGUAUCAAGAUGCUGAUAUACUGAUUUUCAACACUGGUCAUUGGUGGACUCACGACAAAACAAAGCUAGGAGAAAACUAUUACCAAGAAGGUAACGUUGUGUACCCGAGGCUCAAGGUUCUUGAAGCUUAUAAACGAGCUCUCAUUACUUGGGCGAAAUGGGUCGAUAAGAACAUUGACCGCAAUCAUACCCAUGUCAUAUUUAGAGGGUAUUCCGUUACACAUUUCAGAGGAGGGCCAUGGAACUCAGGAGGACAAUGCCAUAAAGAAACAGAACCGAUCUUCAACACGAGAUACUUAGCAAAGUAUCCUUCGAAGAUGAAAGCUCUAGAGUACAUUCUCCGUGAUACAAUGAAAACACCAGUAAUAUACAUGAACAUAAGCCGACUAACAGAUUUCAGGAAAGACGGUCACCCGUCAAUUUAUAGGACUGUGUAUAGGACGGAUAAGGAGAAAAGAGAGGCUGUGAGCCACCAAGAUUGUAGCCAUUGGUGCUUGCCGGGUGUACCAGACACAUGGAACCAGCUUUUGUAUGUCUCACUCUUGAAGGCCGGGCUAGCAUCUAAGUGGUAG